UUAAACACAAAGCAUUAGACGCUCGCCCUGUCUGCACUCUCUGGCCUGUUCAGAUCCUUCAGCGGAGAUCCACAACUGUUCACCAUGUCUAUGUCCCUAUCACUGUCCUCUUCCAGGCUGUCUGGUGGAUAUGGAGGUCUCGGCCUGGCUCGAGCUGGUGGAGGUGGAGGGGCAAGACUGGGUCUGGGGCUAGGGGGUGGAGCUGGCUUAGGCGGAGGGCUCGGCCUGGGAGGGGGACUGGGCUUUGGUUCUGGUGGAGGUUACGGUUACGCUUUUGGUCUCGGUGGAGGUGCGGGAGCCGGUGCUGGACUGGCACUGGGAGGUGGUGGAGCGUUGGUUGCCAGUCCAGCCUUCGCUAUGGGUCGCGCCACUGCUGCAGGUGGGCUCGGCGCGAGCUCUGCUCUCAUGGCCGGUUCGGCAUCAGGCUCUGCUUAUGCCCCGAUACUGUCCAGAGCUGCGGAGAAGCAGACGCUCUCUGGGCUUAAUGACCGCUUUUCUGCAUACAUGGGGAAAGUGCGGGCACUGCAGCAAGAGAAUUCGGCUCUGGAGGCCAAGCUGUCCCAGUUGACCGGUGGGACAGAUGUGUCCCAGGAGUCAUCCGUCACCACCACCAUAGAGUUUGAGGCCCAGCUGAGCGAAUAUCGCAGCACGUUGGAAACGCUCACCAUCGACACCGUCAAGCUGGAGAUCGAGCUAGACAAUGUCCGCGGUACAGCCCAUGAACUGAAGGCUAAGCUUGACUUUGAACAAGGAGUGAAGUUCCAGCUCGAGUCAGACAUUGCAGCCAUGAGAAAGGACAUUGAAAUGGUAUCUGAUUUAAGAAUCGAUUUGGAUGCCAAAUUCUCCAGCCUAAAAAAUGAACUGGACUUUGUCACCAAGACACAGGAGGAGGAACUAUCUUCAUUGCAAUCUAAACUGGGCACUACAACAAUGGACACUUCAGUUUCAAUGAUCGAAGUCGACACCGGAAAGUCAUUCGACAUCUCAUCGGCACUCAACAAAAUGCGAGUGGAAUAUGAGAAAUCUGUUCAGCAACACAGAGAAGAGGCUGAGGCAUACUACAAACUCAAGAUGGAAGAGAUGCAAACAGCCAACGUCAAAAACACAGAGGCUGUGUCGUCGACCAAAGCUUACAUCACAACAGCCAGAAAGGAACUGCAGACGCUGAACUUAGAGCUGCAGGGUUUUGUCGCAGCUAACAUGACUCUAGAGCAGAGUCUAGCAGAAGCCCAGGCCCAGUCCAGUGUGGGUGUGGCAGAGUACCAGGCGCAGAUCGUCAGCCUCACAUCAGCCAUAGAGGUGGCUAAAGCAGAUCUCCACAAACAGAUCCUAGCCUACCAAGAGCUGCUGGACAUCAAACUCGUUCUGGAUGUGGAAAUCUCCACCUACAGAAAACUGAUGGAGGGAGAUGACUUCAAAGUGCCAGAGUUUACAGAGUCCUCAUACACUUUUUCAGGAAGGGGUCCACCCCAUACCAGCACCCCCCAGGGCACCCCUAACCCAACCCCAAAGGACAUACAAACUAGAAACGUCCUGACAGCUGGUCAAAUUAAGGUCAAAGAAAUCCUAACAGAGACAUCAGUCAUCUCUGACGCUGACGAUACUGAAUCCUCUUGAAUGCUGGGAGGCGUGCGGUCAAUGCAGACUUCAUGAAUGUUGACCCCCCUGAAGACCUCCAGUCCAAAUAGAUAGGCCUCCAUUCAAUAAAGCUGCAUUUCUGCUUUCAAA